AGAGUCACGGUUCUAAAGGAUCCCCUCAAAGCAAAGUUUAUCCAAGCUGUGAGGAAGGCGACCUGAAGUCUGGUGGUGAAGGCUCCGUGUGUAACCCACACACCUCCUGGGUGUGGUGUCCUGUCCUGUCAAGUGGCACCAAGCCCACUUAAUGAGAGGGAGAUAAAAUGAGCCUGUGCUGCAGCCUUUUAGCUCAUGCGGUAGAGAUUCAUGCGGUGGGCAUUCCACUGAGAGAACAGACUGAACCUGCUCACUGUCCCUGCAAUACAAUGGAAUUAUUACAGGCUUCUCCGAGGAAGAGGAGGCCCAGAAAGACAAAAAAGAAAGUGAAAGCUUUUGGGUGCUGUGAGGAAGAGCUGGAGGAGGCUUCUGCAUCCCCAGAGAGGUGCUGCCCUGUGCCCCUGGAGAAGCUCCGCUUGGCUCAGCGCCUCAGGCUCGUUGAGAGGAGGCUACAGGACGUGGCCAGACACCUGGAUGAAGUUCUGAUACCGCCAAGUGUGUCGGCAUCUGGGAUGAGACAGUUCUGCUAUUCCUCCAUGGAAUCCACCACCUCUCCCCUCUGGAGUCCCAGCUCCUUUUCCCUGAGAGAAGCCUCCGUGACUUGGUCAGGGCCCCUCUGCAACACAAGAGAGACCAUGACUGUCGCAAGCUGGGAAGGAUCCACUCAUCCCAUCCAAGCCCAGCCUCUCCCCAGGCCCCCUGCCCACAGCAGACGAGACCAGCGAGAGCAGAACAUAGGUCUGGACCAGAUGUCAGCCCAUGACUCAGACUUCAACAUCCGACAGAAGCAUCUGCAGAGCCAACUGGGGGCUCCACAAACCCCCAUCCCGGGGGAGCCAUUGCUGGGUGAGCAGGACACCAAGCAGCAAUGGGAAUUCAACACAGAUCGGCCCGAAUGGGGCCCAGCAAAGGUCCCAAAGCCCCUGAGAUCCGACACCAGGCCUCAGCAUGCACAGGAGAUCCAGGAGCCAGGCGUCUGCCCCUGGGGACCCCUGCCCCAAAAGGCCCACAGGAUCAUGGCAUCCCCUGAUGCCAUCCUGGCCAGGUUUGUGCCCACGGCGGGGGUCAAGCUGCAGGAUCACGUGGCUCAGAAAUGCUCGGAGAUCCAAAUGAAGGCUUUUCCUAAGGUCGUGAGAGAGUCGCACAGAGAUGCUCCUCCUGAGAGAGACUGCCCUGCCUGGGUCUCAGUUUGCCAGCAGUGCCGCAACGCACAUCCAGGAAAGAUGAAGGGUAAGAAAACUCAGAAGGAGACAUCUGCUGAGCUGCAUGGUCUUCGAGACAUCAUGGAUGCACAUGGGUUCGAUGGAACUGUGAAUUCAAAGCUCUCCAGGGACCAGCCGCCAAUCAAAAUCUGCAAGAAAAAGCGCUACAUCAGCGACAGUUCCCACGAGGGCUCUUUGACUCAGCCGUUGAUGGAUACGCCGGAACCCGAAACCCAAACUCUCGUGAGGCACCCCAAUGAGCAUGAAGGCCUCUCAUUGUUCGCCCCACUAGAGGUGGAAGGCGAACACAGCUCGGUUGAGUCAUCGGAGGACAAGGUGAAUGGAAAAGACAUUGCUCAGCUUGAGGAUGCCUUUCUAGAGGACCCGCAGGCCCUGGACAGCGUUCCAUCAAGCAGCGAAGAUGAACCGGGCUCUCCUUGUUUUUGCUCAAUGCCGAUACAAAUUGUUGAAGAGGACUCCGAGGAUGACAGCUAUGAGGAGUUUAUGAGGCUUGGCAUGGAACUAACUGAGCCAAGGCCACGUCGUGAGCAUAAAAAAGUCAUGCGGUCUAUUGUAUGUGUUGCUGUUUAUGCUGUCCUUAAUCACUGCCUUAGGGAAAAGCUUUCUGAAGAUUGUGAGGGCCGUGUCAUAGAUGUGCCAGCCCAACGGCGCCAUGACUGUGUGACUUGGACUUCAGUAGAUAUAAACUGCAAGCUCUGGGGCCUGUGUGCUGAGCUGUAUUUGGAAAGCUUAUUAAACACUGUUCUUGCCAUAGGUUAUGCUAUGCAAUGUCUGUGCCUAACGCAAGAACAUUUAGCGUAAGGGGUGAUCUUGAUAAAUGCUGUGCAAUUUAGUGCAGACCCUGACCGUGUUUUAAAGAAAAUGACCAAA